GGGACGUAACAAAGACUAAGUUCAUAUAAAGUGUUCUGGUGGCAUUGCUCCGUGCUGCCCAUCUUGUUUCUGACACACUUUGCACAACAUAGUUUUUUUGCUUCAUAUUAUUUACUAAUCUAGACCGUCUCUGGGGUGAAGAUGAGAAGAACGUGAAGACUGCCUGCAAAACCCUUACUACUAAAAGGCCAUCAUUCUUUACAUAGUAGCACAGCAGCUUACAGCAUCCAUUUGAAACUGCAACUGGAAUGUACAUUAGGCUGCAAAAUUCAAUUGCCUGGGCAGGAAUUUACUGUAGGUAGAUAUCUCCAUUUCCAUCGACCAAUAUUUAGAACCUCGUAAUAUGCAAAAGUUAAGAUCUAGGACACCUGCAGAUGAUAAUAAAAGCAGCUUUCUUAAAGUCAAACUGCCUUGAUUUUAAUGGUAGGCUGGAAAAUAAUGUUCUUCCUGUCUGUCCAUUUCAAAAGAAAGUUCCUGCAUAGAUUAUUAAACUGUUCUCCUCCCGGCUGUUAUUUUUCCUCUGAUACAUUGUAUUACCUUCCAUUACCUUGCAUAGCUAUUACUUUAUCACCCUUCAUGCUCUUUGUGGGAGUUCAUAAUACCAGUAAAACAUAGUGUGACUUUUAACAGCUGUCUUUAACUGCACUGUAAUUAGCAGCCUCCCUUUCUGAGAACAAGUAAUGUGUGUGAGUGGAAUUCUCAAAAUGUCCAGACACAAGUUUCUCACAUAGCAAUACAAAGCCAUCCCACAAAUUAUUAAUAGACAAUUGCAUAAGAACAAGAACUUUGGUCUCAAUGAAUUCAGUGGCUGCAGCUGUAUAUUCCUUAUUUGCAGUAUGAAGCAGAGCAAUCUUCUAUACAGUAUUAUGAUAUACAACUAUGUUUCAAUUUCCAGCUCGUUGGUGAGGUGAUAGCUAUUCUUUUCAUAUAUCACAUUUUUGGCGUAAAACAGUUUGACAGCAAUCCUUGAAAAAGUAAAGGCUCAAAAGUGGAUUGAUAUUGAGAGAGUAUUUUUUGGAAAAUAUUAUGAGCCUGCUACCAUCCUUACUCCAGCAAAAUUACUGAUUCCCUCACCGGGCCCGAGGAAUAUAAUCUUUAACUGACAUUGGGAGCAGCUGAGGACUUUGUUGUUCUUAUUGAAUGGACCCUGUAGAAGAUGGGCAUACUUAGUAUAAUAAAAAGUGUGAAAAAAUAUUUAAGAACUUAAGUCACUUUUGAAGAUGUUACCCUCAGAUUACAAUCCUGUAGCCAGAAUGAAAGCCAGGAGCUACCUAACCACUCUGCUGGCAUUAUGCCUAUUUCCAAAGACAUGUGGAAUGAGGGCAUCUGUGGACUCUAAACCCAAUAUAUUACUGAUAAUGGCAGAUGAUCUUGGCAUUGGAGAUAUAGGUUGCUAUGGUAACAACACCAUAAGGACCCCAAAUAUUGACCGGUUGGCAAAGGAAGGGGUGAAACUUACUCAGCACAUUGCUGCAGCUCCACUUUGUACUCCAAGUAGAGCAGCUUUCCUGACUGGCAGAUACCCCAUCCGAUCAGGCAUGGCUUCCAGUAGUGGGUAUCGUGCUCUGCAGUGGAAUGCUGGCUCAGGGGGACUCCCUGUAAAUGAAACAACAUUUGCCAAGGUGCUGUGUCAGCAAGGUUAUACCACAGGACUUAUAGGGAAGUGGCAUCAGGGCAUGAACUGUGAUGCCCUGAAUGAUCACUGCCACCACCCUUUAAACCACGGUUUUGAUUAUUUUUAUGGCAUGCCUUUUACUCUUCUAAACAACUGCCAGAAAAACAAACCUCCCGAGCUGGAUGCAGCCCUUCAAGCCAAACUCUGGCUUUACACUCAGAUAAUUGUCUUUGCUGUGCUGACCCUUACCAUUGGAAAAAUCACUGGCUUGAUCUCCACCAGCUGGAAAAUAGUCGCCUGGAUUGCAUUAGCUGGUUCUCUUUUUUUCAUUUCCUGGUACUCCAGUUAUGGAUUUGUGCAAUAUUGGAACUGUAUCCUGAUGCGGAACUAUGACAUUACUGAACAACCAAUGAAGCUGGAAAGGACAACUGCCCUUAUCCUGGAGGAAGCAGUUUCAUUUAUUGAAAGAAAUAAACAUGGACCCUUCCUCCUCUUGGUUUCCUUUUUACAUGUUCACACACCCCUUUUCACUAUGGAGAAAUUUCUUGGGAAGAGCACACAUGGACUAUAUGGAGACAAUGUAGAAGAAAUGGAUUGGUUGGUGGGUAAAAUUCUUGAUGUUGUUGAUAGGGAAGGUUUAGAAAACAACACAUUCACAUAUUUUGCCUCUGACCAUGGAGGACAACUGGAGGCUCAAGAAGGAAAAGCUCAGCUAGGUGGCUGGAAUGGCAUAUAUAAAGGUGGAAAAGGCAUGGGAGGCUGGGAAGGAGGGAUCCGUGUGCCAGGGAUAGUUAGAUGGCCAGGAGUAUUGCCUGCUGACACAGUUAUUGAUGAACCUACAAGCCUCAUGGACAUUUAUCCCACAGUGGCUCACCUGGGUGGAGGCAUAGUGCCCCAGGACAGGAUAGUUGAUGGCCAGAACCUUUUGCCUUUACUACAAGGAAAAGUUCAACAGUCAGAGCAUGAAUUCAUGUUUCAUUACUGUGGGUCAUAUUUACAUGCAGCACGAUGGCACCAAAAGGACAGUGGGGCACUGUGGAAGGCUCAUUAUGUGACCCCAAUAUUCCAUCCAGAAGGUGCUGGCGCAUGUUAUGGAAGAGGAAUUUGUCCAUGUUCUGGGGACGGUGUAACCCAUCACGACCCUCCUUUGCUCUUUGACCUCUCCAGAGACCCAUCUGAGGCCAAACCUCUCUCACCUGGCACUGAGCCCCUGUUUGACACAGUAAUAAGCAGAAUUGAAAGAGCGGUGGAGGAGCAUCGCCAGACCCUGACUCCCGUCCCACAGCAGCUCUCCUUGUACAACAUUAUGUGGAAGCCUUGGCUGCAGCCGUGCUGUGGGACAUUCCCAUUUUGCUGGUGUGACAAGGAAGGUGACAGUGCACACCCUGCUCUGUAAAAUAAAUGGCUGUUCAUAAAAUCCUGCAGCUGUGAAUGCUCUGUUUCUGUUUACUUGAGGUGGCAUAAUUUCUGCAAAUUAUGUCGCCUUUGGCCCAAAUUAUACCUACAUACCCCACUCUGUCUCUUUCUCGAGGGAGCAAACAGUCAGAAAGUAAGGAAAAGAGGGUUAAGAUAGCAGUCUCUCCUCUUCGCUCUCAGCCACUAGCCAGGUGAAUAAAGUGCACUCCUUGUACACCUGGGAUAGGACUUACAGAGACUGUGCCUUCCAGUGUGUAUUCAGAAGUCUGACUCGAGGCAUCCAGGUCUGAAUAUUUUGGCCAUAGAGCAUCCAGGCACAGGGGCUUCUGUGUUACAAUUCUUUUCCUCCAGCACAUUGCUGCCUUACAAAGGUAUAACUCUAUUGUCUAUGAAUGGUUAACUAUAGAUAAAUAUUUGAAACAGCCAGAGAUAUGUACACAAGAAAAAGAGAAACUUGUUUAGUUAAGAACAGACUGCAAUUUUUCAACUGCAAACUUUUAACUGGAUAACAGUAAAGCAAAUGAUCACACAUGCCAAAAAGCAGAAUAUUUUUCAUACAAAUUGUUUUACUCUCGUUUGCAUAUCAUUACAAAAAACAGCUUUUUGUUGGUGGGCAGAGGGUCCUGUUAUAGUUUGUAGCUGACAGAUUAACUAAUCAAUGAUGCCAAUAAAGAUAUAUCAAAUAAAUAACCCUACUUUUGUAUAUUUACAGUCAGCUUGAGUAAAUGAAUAUACAGGCAGUCCCCGGGUUACGUACAAGAUAGGGACUGUAGGUUUGUUCUUAAGUUGAAUUUGUAUGUAAGUCAGAACUGCUACAUA